AACGCACGUAAGACGCGCGCAAGCGCAGUUCGGGGAGCACGCUUUCACUUCAACGCACUGCCGAGGUUCCUGCGUUGCCAUGGGCCGCCGUCCAGCUCGUUGUUAUCGGUAUUGUAAGAACAAGCCAUACCCCAAAUCUCGUUUCUGCCGGGGGGUUCCUGAUGCCAAGAUCCGCAUCUUUGACCUGGGUCGAAAGAAAGCAAAAGUGGAUGAGUUCCCACUCUGUGGCCACAUGGUGUCUGAUGAAUAUGAGCAGCUGUCUUCUGAAGCCCUGGAGGCCGCCCGUAUUUGUGCCAACAAGUACAUGGUGAAAAGUUGUGGCAGAGAUGGCUUUCACAUCCGAGUGCGGCUCCAUCCCUUCCAUGUCAUCCGUAUCAACAAGAUGUUGUCCUGUGCUGGGGCUGACAGGCUCCAGACAGGUAUGAGAGGUGCCUUUGGAAAACCCCAGGGUACGGUGGCCCGGGUCCACAUUGGUCAAGUCAUCAUGUCCAUCCGCACCAAGCUUCAGAACAAGGAGCACGUGAUUGAAGCCUUGCGCAGGGCCAAGUUCAAGUUCCCUGGACGCCAGAAGAUCCAUAUCUCCAAGAAGUGGGGCUUCACCAAGUUUAAUGCUGACGAAUUUGAAGACAAGGUGGCCAAAAAGCACAUCAUCCCUGAUGGUUGUGGAGUCAAGUAUGUUCCCAAUCGCGGCCCCUUGGACAAGUGGCGGGUUCUACACUCAUGAAGGCUCUGAUAGCACUGUCUCCUUGGGCAAUGCCAGUUUGACUUUGCUUACUAAUAAAUUCUGUUUACUGG